CAGCUGACCAGCAUGGAAUACGCUGCCAAGUCACUGAGCUUUCUCUAUCCCAAGUCCUGCUCCAGGCGCUGGGCCGUGGGCACCUCGGUGGUGACCCAGCAGCUGCUGUCGGAGGCUGGCCCUGAGCCCUACAGGGCCCGUCCUUGGCGCGUGAGCAACGCAGAUCGCAGCAUACGCAAAGGUGUCUUGGCGCACAGCCUGCAGGACCUCAGGUGCAAGGUCCGGGACGCCCUGAAGCUGGCGGACGGGCCCUUCUUGCUGGUGCUGGAGGAAGAUGGCACGAUGGUGGAGACAGAGGACUACUUCCAGGCUCUGGCAGCAGAUACCGUGUUCAUGGUUCUCCAGAAGGGCCAGCGGUGGCAGGCCCCGUGGGAACAGGGGACUGGGGGCCAACUGUCCCUCUCCCGUGAGAACACCAAGAAGAUUGAUGUGGCCCGCAUCACCUUUGACCUGUACAAGCUGCACCCUCGGGACUUCCUGGGCUGCCUGAACGUGAAGGCCACCCUCUAUGACACGUACUCGCUCUCCUACGACCUGCACUGCCAGGGGGCCAAGCGUGUCAUCACGGAAGUGCUGCGCUGGGCGCUGCUAGGCAUGCGGGCCACAGGGCACGUACUGCUCGGCACCUCCUGGUACAUGCAGCGGCUCCUGGAUGCCACCGAGGACAGCCAGCAGCCGCCCGAGGGCAGGGCCUCCUCCCUCUUGCCCGCUUGUCUGCGGAUUCUGCACUGAGAGCUCAAGCCCUCCGAGAUCCCUGCUCAGCACCAGGUGGGGUCCCCAGUACACUCUGGGGGUCUCACACAUGCGCACAGCUGAC